AUGAUUACUUCAAAAAUAAUUAAUUUAACUAUAAAAUCUUCUCAUCUCUCAUCAAUACGAUAUCUGUCUCUAACAGCUAUAAAUAAUGCACGAGAACGUUCAUAUCAUGUAGCUGAUAAGAAAGGUUUUCAUGAUCGUGAAGAUGUUAAUUAUGAUACUCCUAAACAACCAAAACAAGCUAGAUUUCGUGAUCAUUUUCGUUAUACAGCAUUGGAAGAAGUUAAAAUGGAACAAAGUACUCAACCAUCAUUAGUCGAAUCAAUGAUUGAUCCAACUAAACCACCACAUAAAUUUCAUGUUGUUACUAAAAUACAAUCAACGUAUGGUGAAACUGUAUAUGUAAAAGAAGCACUGGAAAAACUUGGUUUCAUCAGUUUUGGUCGAAGGCAAUGGGAUGUAUUGACAGUCAUCCUUAAAAAUGCUCCAUCAGUAAAUAAACAUCUUUAUAUAUGCAAACAUAUGGUACAGAUAAAACCAUUGACAUUUAUUAAUGGUGUUCCAUCUUUAAAUGAUAUUGGUUCGACUAAAUUAUUUCCACAUAGUGGUCAUUUAACAAUAGGAAAUCAUUUUAAUUUGAAUCAAAUGAAUAUUUCAAUAGAUGAUAAAGAUAAAUGGCCCGUAAAUAUGAAACAUAUUGUUGCUCGAUUACAUGCAGAUAAGAAUGCGAAUCGUCUUCAUUCUGAAUAUUUUCCAACAAAAUAUGAUUGGUUUUUUGGACAAGAUAUACCUGGUGUUAAACUAAUUCCACCAGUUAAUCCUGAUAUUAAAGAUACACAUUUAGAAGAUCUUUAG